GAAGCCUCGUUUGCUAAAAUCGCGUGACUUGGGCCAGUUUGAAACAAGCUCCGAACCACUGAUUCGAAACAAAAGAUUCGUAAAUGUUUCGAAGCCUCAUGAAGCAGUGCUUCGAAAACGACCAUCACUAAAGUAUUCCUCACGUUUCUAUAGCGACAGACGUGGCGUUCUCGCCGGAUAAACAUGGCGGAUGAUUUGGACGAUUUGCUCGAUGAAGUCGAAUCAAAGUUUUGUUGCAGCACAUCGACAUCAAAACAAACAGCUUGUGAUUUAAAGCAAACGGACCGAAACUGUGGGACUCCUCAGGAAAAGAAACAGUCAAGAAAACAUGAAAGCAAAACAACUGAUGAUAUUGAUGCUGUGCUGCAGGAAUUACUGGAGGACGAUUUCAAGCAUGUAAACUCACAUGAACCCAUUACUGCAAAUUCUCCCACAAGUGAUCCAUGUUCCCAGACAGUGUUCAAAAAAUGUUGCCCUGUGUUUCUUGGUGGAAGCUCUGUACUGCAUGGUGUUGGAACCAGUGUUUCUCACAGGGCCUGCAACCAAUUAAGAUGUACAUCAUGUGACUUUCGCGUGGCCAUGUUUGAUGAUCACGAGUGGGAUUCAUCCUGCGACUAUUUGUUUUUCAGGAAUAACAUGCCAGACUAUCACAAAUUAAGAGCUAAACUGAAGAGAAGAAAGGGUGGUCGAGCGUACGCCUGUCAGUGUAGCUGGUACACAGCCCGCACACUCUUAAACCUGAACACUCAACAGCAGCUCAAGUGGAUUUGUGGUAAACAUAAAACAUGAACCAAAAACCUGUGACAUUUCUUUAUCUGAAAGUCUAAACUGAUAGAAGACAGAAGCGUUGUGUGUUGUCCUCAUCACAGCCGAGAAUGCUGGACAUUUUCAAAACUGUUUUUGUACAGUAUGACGGGUUUAUAAUGUUUUCUGUUGUGUCAGCUUCUGUUACUGUAGUAUGAGUAGUAAGAGUUUGGUUCCAAAACGCAAUAAAUCCAUUUUGACUAAUUUGGGCAAAAAUAUACCAAGAAAGUGACAAGAUGAAAACCACUAUUUUCUGUUACAAACAUUCAUAUAGCAUCUUUAGGUUAUAAUAACAUUAAAGAUUCAAAUCCAUAAUUUGAUUUUAAAAUAUUUAUUAUUAAAACGUUUUUUUUUAAAUGGUAUAAAUCUAUUGAAUCAGUAUAUAAAUGGGCAUUUAUCUUUGCCAUGUUAUAUUCAUUUAGUUGACUAGUGGUAUACACUGAUUAAAUAUUAAUGGCAUUAUGAAAACACUUACUUUGUCAUAUUAAGAACACUGUCAUUGCUGCUGUUAUACUUGUGACGUCGUUGCUGAACUUUUUUGUCAACGAUCAGCUGUAAAAUGUUUUGGUCCUGCUCGAUUCUCGUUGACUUUGAGUCAGUGCUUUAAGUGGGCCGGAACGCCCCGGUACUCAGUACCGCCACUUCUAAAAAUAGCUCUUGAGCGUACCACCACCUCUACGUGCGCCCAGAACGUGCUUUUAGCGUACCGGAACGCUCAUCUGUUUAAAAAGCAGAGGUUUCAUUUAAUCAUUUGGCUGCGCUGCCGCUUUUCAGAGCGCCCUUAAUGUACGCUUCCUAAUUCGUUCCACCGAGAGCAGAGACUACAUUACCCAUACACCCUUGCGUUUACAAGUUAAAAGCGCAUGGGUCCUUCAGUCAGUGUCAACGUGCUCUGGAGAGGUGUGUGUUUGUGUGUGAAACGCACAACCAUAGCUGCUCGGUUAAAAUGAAAAUACAAUGAACACUUAAUAUGGCCUCCUUGUUUUAGACUCUGAGUAGUAAAAGAACGCCGUCAGAAUCAGAGGACUCGCUGACAUCCCACCAAGCCAGAAUGAUAGCUGCAGGUCAGACGCAAGCCUUGUAGGUACGUGAUAAUCUCCGCUGUCGCGGCUUUCAGUUUGGUUCCCCUCGACGCAACUUCGGAUUUCCUCAGGCGAUGUGCAGAAAACAUUCUUGAAAUUGUAAUAUACAUUUAGUUUAAUUGCUAAACUAAAAGUAAACGAAAUUUCAAUUAAUUUGAACGACGUGCACAGUAGUUUUACCACCCGCAAAAUGGAAAACAAUGGGACAAAAUAAAUGACUUUAGAGUUUCAAAUGGCCAGUAUUUUGUUAUUCUUGACCCCAUAGACAUGGUCUUGGUGUCAUUUUAAAGUUUUUUUUCAAGCUUUUUCUAUCUGAACCACUAGUUUUAGCAUUUAACCAUGCUGAAAAUUUUACUCGCAUAUCUACCUUUUGCACAUUUUAUUUAUGUUCAAAAACUCUUUCUACAGUAGCUCUUUCUAAUGGUAUUUUUUCAAAAUCCUUUUGCACAUUUUAUUCAGUAGCUAUUUCUAGCUCAAGCAAAUCCACAAAUUUAUAAAAGGAUUAAUUAUUUUUUACAAGGUCGUCUGUUGACUGCUAAAUAUAAAACCCCUUCAAUAUAGGAGUCGAGUCAGCAAAAAAAAAAAAAAUAGAGUACCGGCACCUCUUUUGGGCCACUUAAAGCACUGAGUAAAAUAAUGGAAAGUUUUUAAUAAGAUCCGCUGGGGUCAAUGUGUAAGCAUGACAGAAGCUUGAUGCUGUCGUGUGAGAACAAGCAACAGCCGGCAUUUUGGCUUGGCUCGAGUGGCUUACGUUUCUUCCCCACCACCAAAAACCACCACAGGUUUAUCAAUGCCAUCAAAAAUAUUAUUUUGUUUGUUUGUUGAUCACAAAGUCUAAAGUAGAUGAGGAAAACUAGGAUUCUGUGUGUAUUCAAAAAAAAGUUUAAAUGGCAUUUAUCGCGUUUUGGAACCAAACUCCUCAUUUUGUUGUUGUUUUUUGUGUGUGUUAUAAUUGUGUGUGUUCAAAUUCUCACUGCAGAAUGACAUGUAACCCUAAACCAGAAACCACGAGGGUAAAUUUGGAACUUAUACAUCGUCUGAAUAAAUAAGCUUUCCAUUGA